AUGUAUUCACCGUCAAGAUUUUUAUGUACUGAUGGUGGUUCAUUAUUAAAAAAGAUAAAUUUUCUUUUUAAUUUAAAUUCACGUUGUUUAUCAUUCAAUCCAUUUGCUCCAAAAAAUAUUGAGCAACCGAAAGAUUCUCAUUCAAAACUCUUAACUGAAAGUGAACAUGUAUUUGAAGUACAACAUCAUACUGUUAAACCAAGACACAUGACUGAUUAUGAAAAUGUUUAUAAUGAUUAUAUAUCAGAAAUAAUUCAAAAAUAUAAUGUACAAGGUUUAAUACAUACUGGAUCAUGGCGUGUACAUAUUGGAAAUGUUCAAAAUCAAUUUGUACAUAUUUGGAUGUUUAAGAAUUUUUCACAAUUUGAUGAAUUUGGAAGUGAUUUUCGAACAGAUGAUGAUAAAGUAAUAAAAUAUCGAGAAAAAAUGAACGAUUAUUUAGUUCAACGAGCAAAUCAAGUCUGUUUAUCGUUUAGUUAUUGGGGUAUACCGCAACCACGACCACUAGAGAGUGGAAGUCGACAAAAUAAUAUAUAUGAAAUGCGAAGUUAUUGGUUAAAACCUGGAACAUUAAUCGAAUGGGGAAAUAAUUGGGUUAAAGGUAUUAAAUAUCGACCAGAUGCAAAAGUAUUAGGUGUUUUCUCACAAAUUGGCGAAUUAUAUAAUGUUCAUCAUAUGUGGUGCUACAAAGAUUUUCACAAUAGAAAACUAACACGUUCUGCUGCUUGGGGGCGACCUGGUUGGGAUGAUAAUGUCGCUUACACAGUACCAUUAAUAAGAAAAAUGGAAUCAAAAAUACUUGUACCUUUGAAAAAUUCACCAAUGCAGUAA